CCGUAUAAACAAUAAGAAAAUCGACGACGACGAAGUCGACGAUCCAUCAAAAUUAAAAUACACCUAGCGUCUUCCCGAUCAGCUUCGUUCAGACAAUGCCAUCUAAUUAUAAGUUUCCGAUUCAAAUUAAUCGUAUUCCCCGUAUUCUUUUAUCGCGACUUGCGUUUACAGAGUAUCCCACCGAUUGAACCGAUGAUUCGUCGAAUACAGCGUUGCAGACCGUGUCAGUCGGACAACUCAAGCUGAUUAAUACUCAAGUUUCCCAAUACUACUGCAAAAUACUCCUGCAAACGGUUGUGAUAUCAUCGAAGUCAUCCUUCAGAGGAAAACUUCACACACUAAGAUUAGUUCAUAACGUAAGAAAAGCGGAAACAAUCAAUCAUGUUGAACCGUUUCCGAGUCCGCAAGGAGAAGCCGUACAAAUCGGAGAGUAUCUCCACGACGGCCAGCACCGUGAUACAGGAUGCGACCAAAGACAACCGCAAGCUGAUACUGGACAACAGCCGGUGGGAGCGACGGUUACAGAAAGAAUUAAUGUCCCUCAUCAGAGAACCCCCACCCGGAGUGACGGUGGACGAGGAGAGUGUUAGUCAAAAUUUAACUCAGUGGAUAAUCAACAUCGACGGCGUGGAAGGUACGCUGUACGAGGGAGAACAUUUCCAGCUGUUAUUCAAGUUUAAUAAUAAGUACCCCUUCGAUUCACCCGAGGUCACGUUCAUAGGUUCCAAUAUUCCCGUGCAUCCGCACGUCUACUCGAACGGUCACAUCUGCCUAUCGAUCCUGACAGAUGACUGGUCACCCGCGUUAUCGGUGCAAUCCGUGUGUCUCAGCAUAUCGUCGAUGUUGAGCAGCUGUCGGGAGAAGCGACGCCCGCCGGACAACGGGAUCUACGUGAAAACCUGCAAUAAGAACCCGAAGAAAACCAAGUGGUGGUAUCAUGAUGAUUCCGUGUAGACUUCGUUGACACCCGUUGGUUCGUUUCCUAGCUUAAUUCAAUACAAACAGAAACAAAGAAUGUAGAUUGUUCCCUGUUCUGGUUAUGACGCGAUGCCUCACUUAACCAACAACGCGCAGCACAUCCCGAACGAAGCAGCAAAACCAAGUUCAGUUAGUUUAGAUGCGAUAAUGCGAAAAGAAAAAAGAAAUAGUUUUGCUAGAUCCAAAACGUUGAAUAAAAAAGCGAGUACUUUUAGAAGCAAGGAUGGAUAGAACAAAUUUUCGUCCCACAAACACUUGAAAGCAUACUACCUAAGUCAUAGUAGAGAACAACAGAGAAGUUUUUGCAAAGUUUUGCUCAUUGCUCAUCGAAGCCCCCUCACCGGUUAGAAUAAAAAUUAACAAAUUGCACGUAAUUUUGCUCGGGUUGCAAAUCAAAACUGUUACAAUCAAUAUAUCAAUUUGAGUAACCAUUCAACCACCCAUUCGAGAUGGUCAGAUAAGCUUAAAGUUCUCCUUACUAAGUACAAUAGUGAAACUUGUGAGUUCGUUUCAGUUUUUUUUUUUUUCAUUUUAAAACCGUUGGGUGUUUCAUUUUCAACAGUUUUAGGCAAUUUGUAGUUUUGUUCUAUCCAAUUAGUUUUAUAUUUCUCUAACAAAAUUCAAGUUCAAAUGUUAAAGUUUCUAUCACGUGUCGAAACUUUACUAUUUUGCACCGAUUGAGAUUAUCACUGAGAAAGCAGGAAUAUACCGCAACAAACAAAGUACUUUAACUUGAUUUCAUCGUUCAACUUGUAAAGCUUACUACAAAUCAACAGAACAAAAACAUUCCUAUGAUUGAAUUUAAAAUGAAUCCAAAAA